AUGGAUAUGAAACAGGUUAAGCACGCCAUUGUCGCUAUGCUUGACAACCCACAGUCAAACACGUCAUCAUCUCAACGACCUCCAUUUUCAAGCACCCGCCAAACGUCACAACCGUCACCCCCAGGCACAUCCAGUCUACCAGUCCAUCCUCCAAGGCCACGGAAGGGACCAUCAUCAUCUCAACCCCCUGGGAUACCAUCUCGAUCUUCUUUUCCUCAGGCUGCCCCAGCUCCCGUACCCUCCCAAGCCGCCACAGCUGAACCUUACCAGUACGCCUUCCCUCCGCUACGCCCAUCGAGCUACAUUAAUCCUCCAUACCCACCAAAACCUCAUCCGAACGCCUACGCACCAUCGCAUUAUCUUUCACCCCCGAGGAUGUUCGAGAACCCCCAGCCACCACGCUCCACAUUUCAACCAUCAAUGUUCACGCCAAGACAACGAUCAACUACCGCGACGCGUUUUGGUCCCUAUGGAAACAGAGCAUAUGCAUCAGUAGUCCGCGAAUCAUCUACAAUGUACGGGACAUGUUGCGAAUACUGCGGUGAACCCAAUCAUAGAGCUAACACUUGUCGACAUGGAAUCCAACUCCAAUGUCGCCGAUGUAACCAGCUUGGUCACAAAGAGAAGUUUUGCACUUAUUAA